AUGCAAGGUGCCCAUUAUAUUCAUCCUUAUGCUCGAAGCAGACUAUACGACUUACGGAAGUAUAAGUUGAGCAAUUUCUGGGGUCCAUUCAUGGACGACGGCAGUGGCAGAAUUGAUUGGGAGAAGGUGCAGAAUAUCUACAUCGUGCUUGGUUAUGGGUUGAGGAUGUUGAUUGAGCGUACUGGGAGUGAGAUAGGAGGUAGCGUCACCUGGGGUAUGGGUCUUAAUGGAGGAUCCGACCACGAGAUGUGGCAGGGUUUAGCAUCAGGAUCAUUUCCAAGCAAAACAGAGACAACCAACAAGAAGGACGACGAUGCACAGAGCAGUGCGGCCACAGCUGGCAGCACAAUAGACGGUAGCGAUGAAGGACAUGACGGCGUACCAACUCUAGAAUGGUUCGAGGAGCACUACCAGGACAGAAAGGAGGCUCUGUUCCAGCAUGAGCAAGCAGUGUUUGCAACACAGGACCCAUACGGUGUGAAAGGAGUCUGGAUGCGUAUUGUCAACUUUCUCGACUACCACGAUUUAUUUGCUUUCAAUUUCUCAAACCCCCAAAUACCGGAUCACAGGGAGCGCGAUCCAGUGCAAACAGACGAGGCCUAUAGGUUGAUUUUAUUAAAGCUGUGGGUGACGAGGAUUGAAUGGCCUGACGAAGAAGAAGAUCAAGCGGAGGAAUGGGAAACUGUUGCAGGCAGUGAGCCAUCAAGUCCCGCCGCGACCAGGACCUGCGAAGAUCCCGACCCAAUGACAGAGAACACGAUGAACAGUACCGAAGAGACAGCCGAAUCAGCUUCCACACCAACUGCUACACCCGCUGCACCAAAGCGCAAAUCGAGAUACCCCAUCGUCUACUUCGAAGGCCGCUCACGAUCCCUGCAUGUGCGGUGGGAUCCAAAUGCAAAUUCGCAUAUUAGAGGCCAAGUCCGAGCAUACCCUGCACCUGCAAUUCCAAAGCACGAACUCGAUGUCGACGAUCCUAUCGCCUCGAGCUCGAACCUGAAUCAUAUUUACCUAAACCAAGCCCAACAAAAUCGAACUCCGUCGUACAGCACAGCGGAGAAGAUAUCCAGCGAGACCGUUACGGGAUUGAAGCCGGAAGAUGACCUGGUCAUUCGGUGGACGACGUGGAGUGUCUUUGGUGGAGAGGAACGAUGGCGUAGUGAGGGCGUACAGAUAGGUGGGUUGAAGAGUGCUAGAGGGAUACUGGGAAAUUGGUUCGAUAAGGAUUUUGACAGGCAUGGCCCGUGUGGACCGACUGGGUUCUGGAAAAUGAGUGACGAUGUGCAGAGGUAUGGACAGGGGGCUGGUGUGAGAAGGAUAUGGGGUGAUGAUGAUGAUUGA